AUGGAUGUGCCUAUUAAUUCAUUGCAUUCUCAAGAAUAUGUUUCCAUUGGUUGUGAGACAUGCACAAGACCAGUUUUUCCUGGACAACAUGAAAGAGAGGGAAGAUGGUGGUGGGAGGAUGCCAAAGCAAAGGUGUGUGGUCUUCACAAGGGUAAUUUGAAACAUGAUGAUGCUGCCCAGAAUAAUGGUAAUGGAAAUGGUAUGGCCCAUGCAAAUGGCUCUGCCACAGUUGCCAACAUUUUCAACUCUGAGAAUGUGGUAAGCUUGAGCAGGGCUGGAAUUAAGAUUCUGGCCAAAUUGCAGGACAGAAAAGAACCCUGGACCGUUGUGCUCUAUGCACCAUGGUGCCGCUUCUGUCAGGCUAUGGAAGAACCAUAUGUGGAUUUAGCGGAGAAUUUAGCAGGGUCAGGAGUGAAGGUUGGAAAAUUUAGAGCAGAUGGCGAUGAAAAUAGAUCGAACAACUAA